CUUUUUGACGAUUUCGAAGCACAGCGUGGUGACCUUCCAGGGGCUGCAUCGGCAUCUGUUUGGCUGGCCAUCAGGCAAGUCGUGGGGGAGCUGCAGCGGAUUGAAGAUAGCAUAGUCGAGGAGGUGCAAGCUUCGGAGUCUAUCAGAAUAAACAGGCAAGCUGUCAUGGAAGAUGUGAUGGUUGCACUGGGUGGGCAGGCCACGCUGAAGCAGCUGGUGGCUUACGUGGAGCAGCAUCCGGAAGAUGUCGAGGAGUCGGAGGUGUUAGCCAAGCGCCUCCGUCGAAGUGGUGGAAGUGAUUUCUUCGCGUUCAAAGGAAAGACGAGAGAUGGGCAGGCCAUUUACGGCCUCGGAGAGUGUCGACCGAAAGGCGUUCGGAGGCAACGUCGUGGCUUUGCCGCCAGGACGCAUGUGACAGAGCUGGCCUGCGAAUGCCUUGGGCCUUCCAGGCAACAUGCAGAGGAAGCGAGCCGAGACUACGCCCGGCUGCAGGCGUGGAAGGCCACGUUGUCCCCGACGGCUUUGCUGGAGCGAGUGCGGCGCUGGAAGGGUGCCCGAAUCACCAGUGCGAAGCGGCUGGUGGCAGGAAAACCAACAUCGACCGCAAGGGAGAACCGAGAGGUAUCAGAAUCAUUCAUCUCUCUGAAGCGUUUCAAUAUGAACGAUGCUGUCAUAUGCAAUCGGCGGCAGUGA